AUGUUCCUCUCUGCCUCCCUAGUCUCAAGACGCUGCAGCUUUGUGACAUCCAUUUUGGGGGCCUUAGAUGAUACCCCAACAGCUUCAAGUGGUGCUGCCAUGACAUCGAGACUCAUUACUAGCUGCCCGGUUCUCGAAACGUUGCAUUUAGAGUGGGAUUUGGAGUGCCAUCAUCAUGGUGCUCAGGAGGUAUUCCAUAUCUGUUCUUCUUCGCUCAAGUAUUUGACAAUGUCCAUUGGCUUUAGUGUUGCGGGUAAAUGGCAUGCUGCUGGUGGAGUGGCGGCAGCACUGGCUACCCUGCAGGUCACAGCACCAAGCCUAGCACACCUCAGUUUCCAAAUCACUAGUGGAACUGCUGGAUAUAAAUUCGGUAGCGACACUAAUGAGCAUGAUGGAAUUACCUUUACGUACGGCUUGAUUAUAAAGUCUAUCAGAACAUUGCUAUGA